GUGCCAGGACAACAGGAAGCGUUCAAAUAACUUCCGGUAGCAGAGUGACCGAUUAAGAACAUGGCGCAACUACAACAAGUCACAUCUCAGUCUCAGUUUGAUGAGUUAUUAAAGAAAGCCGGACGAUGUCUGACAGUCGUCCACUUCCAGGCGCCAUGGGCCCCGCAGUGCGCCAUGAUGAACGACGUCAUGUCGGAGCUCAGCAAGGAGCACACUACCUCCUCCUUCGUCACGCUGGAGGCGGAGGAGGUUCCGGAGGUGUCAGAGAAAUAUGAAAUCUCCUCCGUUCCGACCAUUCUGUUCUUCAAGGGAGGAGAGAAGGUAGACCGUCUGGACGGAGCCCAUGCCCCCGAGCUGAGCAAGAAGGUGCAGCGGCUAGCGGUGUCCGGCGGCCCGGCAACGGGAGAGGUAGCCCCCCGGCGGGAUCUGAAUGAGCGCCUGAAGGAGCUGACCAGCGCGGCGCCGUGCAUGCUCUUCAUGAAGGGCUCUCCCCAGGAACCCCGCUGCGGCUUCAGCCGGACCAUAGUCGGCCUGCUUAAGGAGCACAGCAUCCAGUUCAGCAGCUUCGACAUCCUGUCAGACGAUGAGGUGCGUCAGGGGCUGAAGACCUACUCCAACUGGCCCACCUACCCCCAGCUAUACGCUAACGGAGAGCUGGUGGGGGGAGUAGACAUUGUCAAGGAGCUGGCAGAAUCCGGGGAGCUGCAGAACACGUGUCCCAAGUCCCUCAGCCUGGAGGAUCGGCUGAAGGCGGUGAUCAACCGUGGCCCCGUGAUGCUCUUCAUGAAGGGGAACAAGCAGGAGGCGCGCUGUGGCUUCAGCCGACAGAUCCUGGAGCUCCUCAACGGCGCGGGUGUGGAGUACGACACCUUUGACAUCCUGUCAGACGAGGAGGUGCGUCAGGGGCUGAAGACCUUCUCCAACUGGCCCACCUACCCCCAGCUCUAUGUCAAGGGGGAGCUGGUGGGGGGGGUUGACAUCGUCAGGGAGUUGUCGGAGUCUGGGGAGCUGGAGGCCGUGCUGCGCGGAGACUCCUGAGAUGUCCUACAGCUAGUUAACUAAACCACGGGUAGUUGACAGCUAGUCAACUACGCCCCAACUUGUUAACUACUAGUUAACUUAAUUAACUGCAACUCUUAAUUAACCACAACAUGUCAGCUAGUAAUCAAUCAAUACACAACUAGUUGACUAGUGGUCCAACUAAACCACAACUAACCCCAUAGUAUGGUGGUAGAUUAGUACUCUUCUGUAUGAGUUGCAGGUUUGAGGAUAAGAAACUUCUAAUGCAAAAUAAAUUGUUUACUCCUCAAUUGUUGACAAAUUUUGCUGUCAUCCUUGUGUUAUCUUCAAAUAAAAUAAUGCUUUAUUCAUUUUGGAGGAGUUUAUUGGUUUCUAUUGGUGUAAUCGAUCCCAUAAAUACUAAAUCUGAAGAACCACUAUGUGCUGAGGCCUUCACGCAGUUUGCCUUCCAGGAAUCAGUUUUAUCCAGGUCACACAUUAACUCACAAAGGGAGAAAACAUUGAUUCAGUGUGUAACGUGGAACAGCUAGUCGGGAUAUGACCCCCAUCUCCGCCCCAUUUUACUUUCCUUUAUUACCAGGUUAUUAUAAUCAGGGUUUUACAUA